GUGCCGUGAUAGCCCAGUGGAUGUGACAUGCCUUCGAUUCGGUGGGCUCACUUUUCAGUUAGAAAUGUGUAUUUUAAGAAAUUAAAUAUUAGGCGUUUCAAACGCUGAACGAACGUAUCGUGAGGAAACCUGCACAUCUGAGAAUUUUUUUAAUUCUCUACGUGUGUGAAAUCUGGCAGUCCGCAUUGGGCCUGCGUGGUGAACUAUAAGCCUGACCCCUCUCAUUCUGAGAGGAGACUCGUGCUCAACAGUGAGCCUAAUAUGGAUUGUUAAUGAUGAUGACUUACUACUUAGGCACCUACUCGUAUUAUAGAAAGUAAGGGAAACUUAUCUAUAGAUGAACUAACGAAUGUUCUUCGUCCUUGAGGAUUCCUUAAUUGGGUCUAAAGAUAAACCACACGAAAACCUACAUAAAUUCAGACACUAACAAAAGUCAAAAGUUCGAGGUAUAGGUAUGUCUCUCGGAAUUGGACUGCCUAAUCUUCUUAGAUCAUCAUCAUCAUUAUCAGCCGAUAGACGCCCACUGCUGGACAUAGGCCUCUUGCAUGGAUUUCCAAGAACUCGAGAACCCGAGAAGAGAAUCGAUCUCAAGCCGCCAGCAUCCAACAGCGGCACCCUGCAACCCGCUUCGUCCAUCGGCUAUUCGAUUCUGAUUCGAUUACGCAGAGAAACUCCAAGCAUAGCUCGCCCUCUGAGUGACUUUGAGUCUUCUAAUAAGGCCCAUAGUUAGCGACUAAGUCUGGGAUCCGUAGAUCAUCACUGAAUCUUCUUAGGUAUUUAACCAAAAUUCUGCAGUGGGGUGAUUUCGCCAAUUGAUCUUCAAGUGUUUGCAAUCAGUUUGCAAGUGGCUAUUAUGAUUAAUCAGAAUUUACGUGGGCAAAUCACCAUAGCGUUGUUCAGAUGCGGUUAUCAAUCUAUCAUAGAAGAUAGAUAAGAAACAUUGAUUAGGACUAAUAUAUAUUUGCACUGAAUGGAUUAAAGUAGCAUUGACCUAGAACUCCUAGAAGGCGACGCGACAAGGCUAAGAACAAGGACUCCCGAAUCCUCAGGUAAAAUGAAAUUUUUAUUACUACUCGCGUUUGUGGCCACGGUAAGCGCGUUACCUCGUCUAGAACAAACAAGUCCAGCAAACGACGCACCGCUUGAGCCAUGGGGCCCGUCAGAAAGGUCAGGAGAUGGAGAUAUUCCAUCGGAAAAUGGAUCAGGUCCAUCUUCUCCACAACCUCCCGAAAUCCCAGAAGAAUCAGAUGAAGAUGAAGAUGAUUCCGAUGAAAAAAUAAACAUUGGCGAUUUAAUUAACGCCCUAAGCGGCAUCAGAGAAACUCUUCAUCAGAAGAUUCAUGACAGACUAAGCCAACCUAAAAACGAGGAUUCGGAUCCUGAAGAUGACAAUAAUGUGCCAUCAGAAAGAGUUCCUGCAGACGAAGACAACUCAAAUGAUACGACAGCUGAUGCUCCUCUGCCAGGCAAUGGCACGGAAGGACCCAAUUCUCCUCCUUCAAACAAUACUGAUUCAGGCAACAACACGGUAUCCAACCAAAGACCUAACAUUAAUUUUACUGCCAUCAAAAACGAAAUACAUGAAAAAAUUGAGAACAUUCUAUUGAACAUUUUACGUCCAUUGCUGGGUAAUAACAGUGAACCAGAAAAUGGAACAGCUGUCAAUCCUCCUCAACCAGGCAACAAUACUGAAGCUCCAUCCAAUGAAACUGGCCCUGGUGAUAAUGGCAGAGGACCCCAAGGUGUAGGACCUAGUAACAACUCAGCUAUUGCUCCUCCUAAACCAGGCAACAAUACUGAAGCUCCAUCCAAUGAAACUGGCCCUGGUGAUAAUGGCAGAGGACCCCAAAGUGUAGGACCUAGUAACAACUCAGCUAUUGCUCCUCCUAAACCAGGCAACAAUACUGAAGCUCCAUCCAAUGAAACUGGCCCUGGUGAUAAUGGCAGAGGACCCCAAAGUGUAGGACCUAGUAACAACUCAGCUAUUGCUCCUCAUCAACCAGGAAAUAAUACUGAAGCUCCAUCCAAUGAAACUGGCCCUGGUGAUAAUGGCAGAGGACCCCAAGUUGUAGGACCUAGUAACAACUCAGCUAUUGCUCCUCCUCAACCAGGGAAUAAUUCUUUGCCUCCACCAGAAGUUGAUGCUUCCAACAGUGGUAAUGAAACAGAUGAAGCCGAAAUUAUAGCUAAUGAACCAGCUACUGUUGGUUCAGGACCUAGCUCAGGUAGUGAAGUGAUACGAGGAUUUCAACCAAUUAAUGUAGAGCCAGCAUUGCAAAGUCAAGUGAGAUUUGCAAACACAUACCCUGUAAGAGUGCCUCUACCUGGACUUCCGCAACCUGAUCCCACUGUUCCUCAUCGUCAUCGUUACUAA